AUGACUUCGGUAGUUAUUGGGUGGAUCCUUGUAACAGUAACUUUGAUUCUAGGUGGGGUAUUUCUUCUUCUUCACAACGUAAUGGGAGACACUUGUGUAGCAAUGGAUGAAUGGGUAAGGAGCCCUACGGCUCGGUCAGCUUUGGAUGAUAUUCUCCCAUGCGUUGACAAUGCCACAGCCCAACAAACACUAUACGAAAGCAAAGAUGUUACCUUCCAAUUGGUCAGUAUCGUUAACCUGUUCAUCACCAAAGUCUCUAACUUUGAUGCUCCACCACAGGCUGGUCCAACGUUAUACUACAAUCAAUCUGGUCCAUUGGUUCCUACCCUUUGUAAUCCAUUCAAUUCUGACAUAACCGAUCGCCAAUGCGCCAAUGCUGAACUCAAUUUUGAGAAUGCUCAACAGGAAUGGAAAAAAUAUGUAUGCGAAGUUUCAGUAACUGAUGGUAUUUGCACCACCGUAGGCCGUUUGACCCCAACUUACUACGACCAGCUAAUGGCCAUGGUAAAUGUGGGCUCUGUGCUAUACAAUUAUGGGUCAUUCCUUGUGGAGUUGGGAGACUGUACUUUUGUCCGGAAAACCUUCAGAACUAUCAGUAUGAACCACUGUUCGGGCCUGAGAGGCAACACUAGAUUGAUCGUUAUUGGGCUAGUUUUGGCUUCUGCUGCAGUUAUGCUUUGUUUGGUCUUAUGGGUUUCCUUCACAAGAGAAAGCAAGCACCGUGGUUAUGCUAAACAAUCUCAACAAGAAAGUUUCUCAGUAGACAAAAUAAAUAUAGCUUAGGUCAAAUUAGUACAGUAUAAUUUUCUAGUAGUUAUGAUAUUUUGCAAUAAAAGUAAGGAACAUACACAAAUGUUACUUAGUAUUUUAUUGAAAUACAAAUUUGACACCCUAUAAUAUAAAAAAUACUUAUUAGGUAGCCUAUAUUUUUAAAUUAGUCUAAAGAUGUACUUUGUACUCAA